GGCUGUCACAAUAGAAGAUCAUUUCCGCAACAUGGACAUAGCAUUAGUGGAUCGACUCACAAAGGAGAAAUUCUGGAAUCUACUAAAAUCCCUUAAACUGGAGACAGGGAUCGAAGCAGGACAAGAAGCGCUAUUCUCCAAUUUUCACAAACUUCAGUUGGAUAGAGAUUUUGUUGGGACUUUAUCUGAGGAAUUCUCUAUCCAAAGGAGAUAUAUUCAAAUCCUACUUCGUGAGAUUUUGAAAUUCUCAAUGGUGGUAACACAACAGCUUUGAGCCAAGGAGGAGAACCAUAGCAAAGAGGCCAUGAGCAAUGGGGACAAGAAAGUGUUGUAUUACAUCACAGGAUAUCUUCUGAGAACAAUCAAAACUAUGAAGAUAAAGGACUAUGACCGUGACAAUAUCCUUGCAUUGGCAAAGACUGCAACCAUGACGACAGGCACAGCAUCAUCGUGGACCACAGCUCUCCAUCGGGGAGGCCAUAUGUAUCCCAGCGAUACAUUUUAUGGAAUUAUUGUGAUGUGCGAGAAUGUUGUUCGUGGCCGCAUAGACAAUACAAACAUCACAGCUACAUCACUACAGAUUGCCCCUUUUAAGGAAGCAAUAUUGGAAGAUCCAACCAUUUUGCUCCAAUGGGAAACAAUGACAAAGCAAUCAUCUUCAAGUGCAUCAAAGAUUUU